CGGCGCCAUGUUGCGGCCAGCUCAGUCCCGGCGGAACUCUGAAGAUGGCGGCAGCUGCGGCGGUUGGAGGAAGAACUAAUUUUUACGGGACCGAGGGCGGACGUGCCCCCAAGAGGCAAAAGACGGACGGGACUGACGACAGCGUGGCGGCCUCCGUGGAAGGAUAUGACGACCCUCACAAGACCCCGGCAUCACCGGUGGUCCAUGUGAGGGGUCUCAUUGAUGGAGUGAUCGAGUCUGAUCUUGCUGAGGCUCUCCAGGAGUUUGGAGCAAUCAGCUAUGUGGUGGUGAUGCCUAAAAAAAGGCAAGCCCUGGUGGAGUAUGAGGAUAUCCUGGGUGCUUGCAACGCAGUUAAUUAUGCUGCAGACAACCAGAUCUACGUGGCUGGUCAUCCAGCAUUUGUAAACUACUCCACCAGUCAGAAGAUCUCACGCCCAGUGGAUUCAGGAGACGAUUCAAGGGGUGUCAACAACGUGCUUCUCUUUACCAUCCUCAACCCCAUCUAUUCUAUCACUACGGACGUAUUGUACACCAUCUGUAACCCAUGUGGACCUGUCCAGCGCAUUGUCAUCUUCCGAAAGAACGGUGUCCAGGCCAUGGUUGAAUUUGACUCCGUGCAAAGUGCCCAGCGUGCCAAGGCUUCUCUGAACGGUGCGGACAUCUACUCUGGUUGUUGCACUCUAAAGAUAGAAUAUGCCAAGCCUACCCGACUGAAUGUAUUUAAAAAUGACCAGGAUACGUGGGAUUACACCAACCCCUCCCUGAGUGGCCAAGGUGAUCCUUCUGGAAACCCUAACAAACGGCAGAGGAACCCCCCGCUAUUGGGAGAUCAUCCUGCUGAAUAUGUUGGAGGACCACAUGGAGCCUACCAUGGACAUUAUCACGAAGAAGCCUAUGGUCCCCCACCUCCACACUACGAAGGUCGUAGGAUGGGCCCCCCACAAGUUGGAGGUCUACGUAGGGGAACACCCAGCCGCUAUGGCCCACAAUAUGGCCAUCCUCCACCACCACCAGAGUACGGCCCACAUGCAGAUAGCCCAGUGCUGAUGGUGUAUGGCCUGGACCCGACAAAGACUAACUGUGACAGGGUAUUCAAUGUAUUCUGUUUGUACGGAAAUGUGGAGAAGGUCAAGUUCAUGAAGAGUAAGCCUGGGGCUGCCAUGGUGGAAAUGGCCGAUGGAUAUGCUGUUGACAGAGCUCUCUCUCACCUCAACAACAACUUCAUGUUUGGGCAGAAGCUGAGUGUGUGUGUAUCCAAGCAACAAUCAAUUGUACCAGGUCAGUCCUAUGGCUUGGAGGAUGGUUCUUCCAGCUUUAAGGCUUUCAGCGGUUCCCGUAACAAUCGUUUCACAUCCCCGGAACAGGCAGCAAAGAACAGAAUCCAGCAACCAAGUAACGUCCUGCAUUUCUUUAAUGCUCCUCCUGAUGUGACUGGGCAGAACUUCUAUGAGAUCUGUGAAGAACUGGGUGUGAAGAAGCCAUCCUCCGUCAAGGUGUUUACUGGCAAACCAGGUGAACGGAGCUCUUCAGGUCUUUUGGAGUGGGAAGCAAAAGGUGAUGCUCUGGAGUCACUCAGUCUCCUCAAUCACUUCCAAAUGAAGAAUCCAAAUGGCCCUUACCCGUACACCCUGAAACUGUGCUUCUCCACUGCCCAGCAUGCAUCCUAACCGCGAGGAGGGACUACUGCAUCGAUAAAACCUGCCGCUAAUGUUUAGUACUAGUGCGCCUUUUUAUGUUGGAUGUUUGGGAGGGAGGGAGGGGGGUUGUGACUUAUUUUUAUUUUUUGUAUUGUAUGAUUGUGAGUGCGUUGAGCAUAUCUCAAUAAAUAUCUGGGGAAAACCUG